AUGGCAUCUAAUCAAUAUAUACUAUAUUUAGUAGGAUUUAUACUACUAUUACAUUCAGGUUAUUCAUCAUUUGAAUUUCAUAAAUUUCAAUCUCAUAGUACCUCAAAUUUAAAAAUAUCAAAUUUACCAUUAGAUAUAUCAAUUGAAGCAAUUAUUGGAUUUAUAAUAAUAAUUAUUGGAUCAAUUAAAUCAAUUGAAAAUCAAGCAUAUUUAUCUAUAAAUAAUGAAAUAGUAAAUGAUGAAUUUAAAUAUUUAAAAUCUAUUAAUUUAAGUGAUAGUUUUCAAAUUGGUGAAAAAAUUGGUAUUACAGAAUUUGAAGAAUUAGAUUCAAGAUUACCUUUUAUUAAUAUUGGUAAAAUUAGAAAAGAAUAUAGUGAUUGGAUUAAUGAACAAGAAAAAGGAGGUAAAAUAGAGUAG